AUGACUUACCAGGCACAGCCAAUCAUAGUUUCAUACAUCACGAACAUCGUACCAGGAACCCUCGAGGUUGAUGUGGACCAUCUUUGGACGAACCUCCUCGCAUACUAUUUCCCGGUCACUGAAGACUUCGGAGUUGAACGCGAAGCUUAUAUCCGAUCCCGGUCACAGACGAGGGCAAACGUUUGUGUGAGCACCCUAGUCCAUAAUUCAAUAUCCAAGGUCAUCAUGAUAGAGAGCAAGAGGGCCUCGAGGUCACAAAAUGGUUCUCCGCCGUCUAGUUCCUGGACUCAUGCAAAGGAGCAACUGUUGGGAUAUAUGCUAUCCCGUCGUGAGGAACAAACGGAGAAUCUUCCUCGUCUAUUUGGAAUGGUAGGCAUCGGAAGGCUCAGCUUGAUAAUUAUCGAGGUGGUUUGA